GAGCAGCAUCCGCCGCGACAGCAGCACCAUCAGGGUCACGUUUCACAGACGUUUCAAUCUCCGCUGCUUUGCUGAGCUUUUGUUUCUUCUUUAAAUAGCGAACGCUCCAGGACCCUUUACAGGAAAGAUUGCUCCUCAAUAGACAGAUACCGUUGUUUUAACUCAGUUCAACUGAUAUUUCUCUGGAAAUCUACGAAAACACAAGGAUUAUCCGCAUCCAGAAGCCAUUUGUCAGUUUAAAUGGAAAAAUGUCAUUCUUCAUAUACAUUACGACUGCAGGGAUCUUAAUACAGAUGUUGUGGGAAGUUUAAUACAGAUAUUGUGUGAUGGCAGGAUAUCAACAGCUUUAAGUUCUCAGACCUCAUUAAGUAACCAUGGCUUACACUGGAGCUCAGAAGGCUUUGAAGAGCGAUAAGAUAGAUGAAGCUCAAGCUCUGGCCAAAAGCUGCGCAGGCAGGCCGGACUUUCUCCCCUGUGAUGGACUGUCCAUCUGCGCGACACACAGCCACGGAAAGUGUUUCAAACUGCACUGGUGCUGCCAUUUGGGCUGGUGUCACUGUAAAUAUGUCUACCAGCCCAUGACCAAUGUCGCUCAGCUACCCAGCACACCUGUGCCGGCUGCUCCGUCUGACUGCACCGACACCAUCGAUCUGUCCAUCUCACUGGCUGAACGAUUCCUCCGCAUCUCCCCCUGUUUCCUGCCUCCACCUUGUCCCGAAUCUCCCAAAUACUGCAACAUUGCCGAUCUGUUCAUCGAUGACUACAUUGUCAAACGCAUCAACGGCAAGAUGUGCUACGUUCAGCGGCCUCCAAUUCACACGGAGGCCCCUCCCACCCCACCUCAGAUAAAACCUGCCUCUCUGACACCACAGAAACAACACACUGAAGACAAGCAGACUGUUGAGGAGACUGUUAAAGGACCAAAAAUGGGCCACUGCUCUUCACCCUCCAGCUCCGAGGACUCAGGGAUCAAUGCGUUGGGAGGACACUUUCUGGAGUCCUGUGAAGAAGAGUCUGAGGAAGAGGAUGAACUUAGCACAGAUGGACACUCCAGUCCAGGAAGUCUAUGGGACCAGGAUGAAUGCACCCUACUGUCCCCUUCGAAAUCCAUUGUGGAGAUUAUUGAAAAUAUUGAAACUACUGUGUAAUAUUUGUGUGAUCUCUCUCUCUUUGUCUGACAAGAUAAAUUCAUUGUGUUAAAAGAAAUAUUGUAUGUAGAAGAAAAUGCUACACCUAUAAAGACAGUGCUAUAUUUGCAUUUGUCUUUGAUCUCUACACUUAUUAUUACACCUCAAAUUGUCCUAAAUUAGAUGUUGAUCACAGUCUUUGAAUUUAAACCUGCACUAUGGAAGAUUUUUGGAUAGAAGUAAACCAAAUACCAUUAUUGAGCAAGAAUCAGAAAUGUGUUAUUGGCUUACCUCAGUUCAUUAUAGUAUGUCAUAGUAAACUUGGGGUAAUUUAUGCUAAAUAAAUUGGGGAAUUGGGGCAAAAUUUUUUUUAAAUGAAUUAUUUUAUUACUAUAAAAUAUGUCAGGCUACCAUGGUGGCAUAUGUGCUACUUGCUCCGAUGACACAUUUUUCAGAUAUUCAUCUUUGUGUAGCUAGUGAGAUAUGGUGAUAACAUUCAACCAUGUAACCUCAAACUAUCAGAAUGAUCUGUGAAGAAGAGCAGUGUUGACUCACAACCAAGGAAAAACUCUGCAAGCUUGUAAUUUUAUCUUUCCAUCUCUGAUGGCGAUAGAGAGGUUAACAUUUUGUAGUGCAGGUUUGAGGAGAUUCAAGAUUUUUAUUCGUCACAUACAUGAUUAUAUAGAGAAUAUAUAACCAGCAGUGAAAUGUGAGUGCCAGAAACAAAAUGAACAACAAAGAAAUGACACUUCUUCACCUAAACCUUCUUUGCCACAUUAUAACUAGCUGACCAGUAUAGAAAGUUAAAUGUGAAAUAUUUGGACCCUUCUCACAUUUAAUUCUCAAUGAAGGAGUUGUUUUCAUGUGUUUAGAGAGCAGGGUGAGCAGUCUCUCUGAUAUUGAAAGCUGGCAUCUGGUCAAUCAUCAUCAAAGAGGAGGUCAGUGCUUUUAUAUGCCAUUUUUUAUAUUCUUUAAAAAGAGUAGAGUAACAGACAAGGCAAGAUUUAUUUAUACAUUAUGUGUGUUCCCUGGAAAUCAAACACAUAACAGUGCUAUUGUUAAUACUAUACUCUACCAAAGGAGCUAUGGUAGCAGGCGCAAUGAAGACAUAUUGGUCUUUCUUUAAUCUUUCAUGUUGCUUCUACCAUAUUUAGCUGGGUUCUCUAUUCCUAGGAGUUUGGGAGAGGAAAAGGCUUUGUUGGUCUUUGAUAAUUUAAUAGUCUCUUAAGUGCUGAAUAUGACUGGCCUUUCACAUCACAGACUUAUGUAAGACCAUUCAGAACCCUAUGCAGUGCCGACAUAAUGCAUUUUCAUCAAGGCUAAUCCUAUUCCAAAACACAGAACAUGAAUAGGGCACAUCAUUAACAUUGGAUGCAAAUUAUAUUCAUGCUAUUAUAACUAAUAUUAGUCAUAAAUGUUCCUUGCAAUCCUUCCCUUCAGUUCUCUUGCCAGGUUUAACAAAAAGAAACAGGUGUCUUGAUAUAAAAUUUUCUUUUAGGCCUAAUAUGGCUGAAAUGGUUUUCUUUUGCCUCAGUCUUCAAUAUGUCAUGCUUGAAAAAAUCUUGAAAUCCACAGGAGGGUUUUUUUUUUUUUUUUUUUUUUAAUUCACAUGCUCUGUUUCAGGAUACACCAUUUAUUGUAAUUAUGAAUAAUAAUUUCAAACGAAAAGUUGCCCAGACACCAGCCAGAGGGCACACUGCAUCAAACUUAGUAGAUAUAGUUUAAUGAACAGAGAGGAGAUCAUUUAUGUUGACUCUCAGUUUGACUGAACAUUAUUUCCUUAACUCAGAUCAAACAACGGACAAUGUCAAAUCCAAUGAAAUUUGAUAAGGUUAUGAUAUUUUAGUGCAUCUAGCCAUGUCACAAAAUCAGCUUAGCCUGUUUGGAAAAAAAAAUCUUUCUCUAAAAUUGUCUUUGAAUCCCAUCAGUGCAUGGUGAAAAAAAAAAAAUCUUUUUCAAUUUCAUGUUUGGAGAAAACAUGAGUAAUGCUUGCACCUUACUACAUUUAGGGUGUUCUUGGUGAUUGCCAGUGCACUGCUUUAAUGUCUGUUAAGGCAUUCUGUUUUUAGUUUGUUGUUAUGUGGUUGGGUGGUUAUUUUCCUCUAAAUCUGAUCGAUUAGAAAAGUAAUAGCACACCUCCCCUUAA